CUCUCUUUCUCUCUCCUCAUAUUCAUUUUCUCUUCCUCCCUCAUUUCAUUGCAUUCAGUUUUCACAUUCCAUUCGGAUCAAAGAGAGUGAAAGAGAGAGAUCCUUUCUCCUUUCACUUUCUUCUUCCUCUUUCAUGCUUCAUUUCUUCCUUAGGGUUUUGUAUUUGUAGGAGAUAUAUUUGGGAGAUCAUAAUAUGAAUUCGGCUCAGGGAUUUAGUGAUGCUUCGCUCUCCUCUCCUAAACAUAAGCUUCAGCCAGCUGCAUCAUCAGUUCAGCUUGCUUCUCACAGUAGGAAUGGUAAUAAGGUUUUCAAGUGUGGGACGCUUUUCUUAUCUUCCAAAGGAGGAAUUGGAUGGACAUCAUGGAAGAAAAGAUGGUUUAUUUUAACACAAACUUCACUUGUUUUCUUCAGAAGUGAUCCAAAUGGCGUUCCUCAGAAGGGAAACGAAGCUAAUUUGACCCUUGGUGGCAUUGACCUCAACAAUUCAGGCAGUGUUUCUAUCAAAGCAGAUAAGAAACUUUUGACUGUACAAUUUCCCAAUGUUCAUGAUGGACGAGUAUUAACACUUAAGGCUGAAACUACUGAGGAUUUAUAUGAAUGGAAAACUGCACUUGAGAAUGUUUUGGCACACGCACCAAGUGCUACUAAUGUGAUGGGGCAAAGUGGCAUCUUUAGGAGUUAUCAGGCUGAUUCACUCGAUAUUUAUUUGGACCAGUUGAAGGAUAAAGAAACAGUAAAUUAUGCAGUCCUUGGCCGGCCAAUUUUACUUGCUUUGGAGGAAGUUGACGGAACUCCAUCUUUUUUGGAAAAAGCCCUGAGGUUCAUAGAAGAGCAUGGAGCCAAAGUAGAAGGGAUUUUGCGUCAAGCAGCCGAUGUUGAAGAUGUUGAAAAUCGAGUCCGGGAAUAUGAACAAGGAAAAGUUGAAUUUUCUGAGGGGGAGGACGCACAUGUUGUUGCUGAUUGUGUUAAGCAUGUACUUCGUGAGUUGCGGUCUUUUCCAAUCCCAGUAUCUUGUUGCAAGGCGUUGUUAGCAGCUUGUCGAACUGCACGUGAGAAUAGGGUUUCUGCUAUGCGUACAGCAAUAUGUGACACUUUUCCUGAACCAAACCGCCGUUUGUUGCAAAGAAUACUCUUGAUGAUGCAAGCAGUAGCUUCCCGAAAAGAUGAGAACAGAAUGAGCUCAUCGGCUGUGGCAGCAUGCAUGGCACCAUUACUUCUUCGCCCCCUUCUAGUUGGGGAUUGUGAGAUAGAAAAUGAUUUUGAUGUAGGUGGGGAUAGUUCCCUUCAACUUCUACAAGCAGCUGCUGCGGCUAACCAUGCUCAAGGAAUUGUUAUUACAUUAUUAGAAGAAUAUAACAGCAUAUUUGAGGAAGGUUCUUCGUCUCCCGGACCUGAUAUGUACAUAGACUCAGAAGAUGAUGAAUCUGAGAGUGAGGAUGAUGAUUUGUCCUAUGAUGAUUAUUAUGAUGAUGAGCAAGAUGAAUCAAUAGAGGGGUCAGAUGUAGAUGCUAGUGAUGAACUUGUUAGUGAAACCAACAGCGAGACCGGAGACUCUGCAGUCAACGAUGAAUAUGAUGAUAAGGACCAUAAUAUUUCAUAUUCAAGUUCAAAGUCCUCAGAGGUUUGUGACUAUCUUGAAGUCUCAUUGCCUCAGUCUGAAGAUAUCAAAAGCUGUGAAAAUUUCACAAGCCAAAAUAAGACUGCUUCUGCAAAUGACUCCACUAAGCCCACAUAUAUAAUUGAAGGCUUAUCCCCUGACCAAACUACAAUGAAUAGAUCAAAUUGUCCUAGCACUUCUUCAUGUAACGAUGCCAUAUCCAAUAGGAAAAUGCAUCGAUGCCGCACUGUUUUGGGGCAAAACCAUGGAAGCAAGGACCUUUCCAUGGAAUCCAUUGAUUUUCUAGACGAAAAUGAAGCUGAAGUUGAGAGGCUUGAAGCUGUUAAGACAGAAUUGCAAAGGCAAAUUGCAGAGGAGGUAAAAGUAAAUGCAAAGCUGCAGUCUUAUGUGGAAACACGAAAGGAAGCAUUGCACGAGCGUCGUCUGGUUCUUGAGCGAAAUGUGGAUAAAUUACAGGAACAAUUGCUAAAGGAGAAGAGCUUCAGGGCAACUCUUGAAGCAGGACUUGAGAUUCAUCCAGGGACUUCGUCUGAGUUAUCGGGUAUUGAUGAAAAGACCAAGGCAGAUGUUGAGGAAAUAGUGCUGAUAGAAGCAGAUCUUGCCGACUUAGAACGGAAGGUUAAUGAGCUUGGUUUACGGCUUAAUGCACAAGUUGAAUGGAAUUCUGGUUCUAUAUCUCAACAGAUAUCAAGCCAUGAAAGAAAUUUGAAGAACAAGCCAGAUACUGAAGUUGCAGCCAUUUCAGAAUCUGACAGGUCAAUAAAAAAGCAGGACAGUCAUUUUGGUGAAGCAGGAAACGAGAAUGAGAGAAAACCAGAGUCAACAUCUUUACCAAAUAAACAUUCGCCUAGUUCCAAGAAAUCUGUUGCAAGAGCUGAGCAGGGAACAAGUUUCACUACUUCUACAAUUACAAGACUAACGUCCAAACUAUACUUUUUGAAGGAUCGCCGUAGUCAGUUUUCAAAUGAAAUACGAAACAUGAAUAAAGGAAAAGCACUUGAACUUCAGCUACCACCUCCAUCUCCCAACGAACGUCAAUCGCCAAAUAAGUCUCUACUUCGAUCCCCAAAUAUGUCUCGAGAAAACGAACGUCAAUCGCCAGUUCCAUCCCCCAAUAAGUCUCGAGGGUUUGAAUUUUACAUGUCUCUUAUGUCUCCAAAAAGGACCCGAGGAUCUGAAAAUCAUUCUCCAUCAACCUCUGAGAAAGUUAGAGGCAAUGAAGAUCAUUCACCUCAAUAUUCAGAAAAACUGAGAAAAUCAGAUAGCCAGCCAUAUCACUCAGAUAGUCAGAAUGAAUCUUCACAAUUAUACUUGAAAAGAGGAAUGUCGGAAGGGAAUAUUCAUAAUGUCGACAAAAGUCAAUUACAUUAAGGCCAAAUAUUUUGUUACACGGCAAAUUCAAGAUGAUAGAAAGACACUGCAAUUGUUCAGCAAUGUUUUUGUCCAGGUGGGGCAUUGCUAUGCCUUUGGCUUAUGAAAUACAAGGCCUAUAUUCGAAGAAGUAGCAUUCUAUGUACUCUAAAAUAUAGGAUGUAUAGGGAACAGUUCAACCAUCCCCAUGACAUUAAGCCAGACUGUUUGAUUACAUAACAUGCUGAUAUUUUCUGGCUCCUUAAUGAGCAUGAUGGUUUUAUUGUUUCAUUCAACUGCAUUAAUAUGACUUGUAUUGUAUAGCCUAAGCUGGAAUUUUCAGAUAGACCUUAGUUCAAUUUCCUUUGCUCUGAAACCAUAGAGCACAAAUUUCAGAUUGCUUGAAUGGCAUGGUGUGUUCAUGUUAUCAGUUCGGGGAAUACCAUGGGAAUAUCAUUCUUUUUGACAAGUUAAUAUCUUUCUAUCAA